UGUGAAUGAUACAUACAGUCUACAAUAAUUGCAUUUUAUAUUGAUUUUGCGAUAACUAACUCUAUCUUGCCAUCUGAUCUAAAUUUAGUUUAUCUCCCUAUUUCCGUUCCUAUUACACACACAUACUCUUACACUUAACACAUCCAAGGCAAAAAAAAAAAAAAAGAGAGAGAGAGAGAGAGAGAGAUGGGGGAGCCUGCGUUGGCGUUCUUGCUGGAGCUAGUGAAGGAAGUAGUGAAGGAGUACAAGGAUGUGAUAUCCGGAGCAGAAAUUGAGUUCGAGCAUCUGGAAAACGAUCUGAAAGAACUCAAGGGUCUGCUGAAUAAAGUAGCCAAGGAUUACUCCAACUCCAAUGAUGAUGGUCCUUUGAAGGUGCUGGAGAGGCAGAUAAGAAACUUGGUGUACGAGGUGGAAGACACCAUCGACACUUGCUUGACUAAAGCCACCGAAGCCAAGGCCAAAUCCAAGGCCAGAAGAAUCUCCAAGCCCAAGUUUAUGGGCUCAUCCGGUUUCAGCCUCGCCAAAGAGGUCAUUUUGCUUAGAGACAAAAAAGUCAAGCCCUUGCUUGACGGAGCCAAGCUCCAGUUUGCUUCGAUGCAGCAGACUGCCGAUCGAUCCAUUUCCCUCCAAGAUCAACGGACUAAAUUGAAGAGGGAUAAGCCGAUCAGGGAACACAGAGUAAUAGGUUUCGAUGGGGAGGAGGAAACCAUAAUUGGGUAUCUGAGGAAAGAAACGCAGAGCCUUGAAGUGAUCCCAAUCAUCGGCAUACCUGGUCAGGGAAAGACAACGUUGGCAUGGAAGGUUUAUCAGAACGAGACCGUAUGUUACGAUUUCCCAAUUCGCAUUUGGGUUUACAUCUCUCAGAAGUUCAACAGCAGGGAUGUGUUCCUCCACAUCCUCAAAACAUUCGCCCCCAGUACAGACACAUCUAAAAUGCUGGAUGUUGAUCUAGUUCAAGCAGUUCGAUCUUGUCUGGAGAAAGACAAGUUCCUCCUAGUCCUUGAUGAUGUCUGGAACGUCGACGCAUGGGAAGAGAUCAAAGGAGUUUUGCCGCUUAACAACGGGAAGGGCAAAGUCAUCAUCACCAGUCGAGAAGACACAGUGGGCUAUCGUGCUGCUACUGUUAAACCACACAAGCUCAAGUUUCUAAACGAGGCUGAAAGCUGGAUGCUGCUUCAGUUGGAGGUAUAUGGAAAUGAGGAAGACUGCCCCAGCGAUAUGAGGGGCAUCGGACAACAUUUAGCCAACGAGUGUGAUGGAGUGCCGCUGAUAAUAAUUGUCAUUGGAGGUGUUCUGGUCGACCAACUCGCCUCCUCAAUGUCAACAAUGGUGGCGAAAAAGAAAUGGGAGACAAUGGCGGAAAACUUGAGCAACGCCUUGCAGAAUGAGCAGCGGAUAACAGAUGUUGUGGCCUUGAGUUACGAGAGGUUGUCGAAUGACCUCAGAGACUGUUUUGUUUAUAUAGGUGUGUUUCCUGAAGAUUAUGAGAUUCCGGUUAGAUUGUUGUCGGGGCUGUGGAUCGCAGAAGGAUUCAUACUUCCCAAGGAGGGAAAAAGCUUGGAGCAAAUUGCGGAAGAGAAUGUGGAUGAUCUAAUAUGCAGGAAUUUAUUGAAGGUUGACAAAAAGAAUCACAUGGGCAAAGUUAAAACAUGCCGUGUUCAUGAUAUGAUACGUGCAUUCUGCAUAAGCAAAUCCAAAGACCAGAACUUAUUUCAACAUAUCAAAGUCAACAAGCAAACACACCAACUUGAACCUCCGGUUCCUGAUGUAGAAAAAUUACAUCGUCUUUGUUUCCAGUCUGAUCUCUCCACGUUCCUGUCUAAAAAUCCAACUGGUACACACAUCCGUUCAUUUCUGUGUUUCUACGAGCAAUCUGUGGAGUUAGAUAAGAACCAUCUAACAGUUAUACCUGACGGCUUCCCUAAGCUAAGAAUUCUAGAGUCGAAGACAGUCAAAUUCCCCGAGUUUCCCGGGAAAGUACAGAAACUUAUUCAUCUGAGGUACCUCACUUUGCACGUUGAUAACCUCGAAAAACUUCCUAAGUCAAUCUCACAGCUAUGGAACCUACAAGUUCUUGUAGCUGAGACCAAGUCGCGUUUCAUCACAAUGGAAGCAAAUAUGUGGAAGAUGAUUUGGCUGAGGCACGUCAAGACAAAGGCAGCUAUCAGAAUCGAGAGUAAUUGGGAAGGUGAAGCAGGACAAAACCUUCAAACCUUGGAGAGAUUGUCGCCUGAAUCUUGCACAGAAGCCGUCUACAAAAGGGCCAAAAACCUCAAGACCUUGGGGAUCUCUGGGAAUUUAGCCAACUUGUUUGGGAAAAACUUCCUAAUAAAACUGAAUCAUCUUGAAAAGUUGAAGUUGGUGAACAAUAUAACUUUUGAGGCAACAUCUGAUGAUGUUUUGCAUCUUCCGUUGGAUUGUUUCCCACCAUGGCUCAAGAGGCUGACGUUAAUGAAAACCUACCUAGAUUGGCAGCACAUGUCCACCUUGGCAAUGAUAAGAAGCCUGGAGGUCCUCAAGUUGAAAGACAAUGCGUUUGUUGGAUUGUCUUGGAAUGCUUCUGAUUACAAAUUCCCGAAUCUCCAACUCUUGGUCAUUGCAAACACAGAUUUGGUUCUCUGGGACGCCUCGCCUGAUUCUUUCCCCAGCCUUAGAGUUGUCGUGCUUAAGAGCUGUGAAAGCCUCAUUGAAAUCCCACACUGCGUGGGAAAACACCUCGAGAAGCUUGCUAUAGAGCGUCUUCGCAAAACUGCAGUCGAGUCUGCCAGGAAAAUUCGCGACGAAAAAGAUGGGAAACCGCAAGGCAAGUUUGCGAUUCCGUUUGUUUUCGAGCAGUGUCCAGUGUGUGAGAAAAUGUGAUCCACAUCAAUAACUUGUUUGGCUGGAAUAAAACUACGGGAGGUCUUAUGUACUGAUCCCUUCUUUCAAGUGUGGUUUGUUUGUCUUUGCACUUUUUUUCAUAAGUUGAAGAAUAUAAACUUUGGAAUGUUUGUGACAUUGAUUUGCCUAUUUGAAUCUGUCCUAUGCUGACUGAACAAUGUAGUUUCACCACUAAUAAUGAUCGUUUGUGUGAUUGUUUCUCAUUUAAUUAAUAGGGAAUCUGCUUAUUUGCAUU